GUUGGAGGAAGUUUUCGUGCUCUUCAGCUCCCCCUGAGCUAUCAUGUGAUGAUCUAAGUGAAUUGCUGGAGGAGUGGAGAUGCUUUCAACAGUGGAAAACGGGCUAGACCCCAAGGCACCUAUCCUGGUGAUUAAGAAGAAACUGGUGGGGUCUGUGAAGGCAUUACAGAAGCAGUAUGCAGCCUCUGAUGCUGUUGUCACCAGUGAAGAUGGAGAUGCCAACAUUAUGUGCAGUGCCUUGGAAGCUGGGUUUAUCCAUGGCCUGCAAGCUAAGUACAUCAAAGCAGAUGCCGGAGGAAAGAGAAAGAAAAAAGGUGGCCAGACACCUCUGCCUCAGCCAGCUUUCUGGCCUCUCCUGAAAGUCAUUACUCACAGAAACACAAUUACUGAUUUAGAGCACUUGACCUUCAUCAAUACAGAUGUGGGCCGAUGCCGGGCCUGGCUGCGGCUGGCCCUAAAUGAUGGACUUUUGGAAUGCUACCUGAAAUUGCUUCUGCAGGAGAAGUCUCAGCUCUGUAAGUACUAUCAGCCAACGGCCUUGCUACUAGAUCCUGAAGAAAGUGAGAUCUUCCUCAGCUUAUUACAAGGAUUGACUUCCUUGUCCUUUGAACUGUCUUAUAAGUCUGCCAUGUUAAAUGAGUGGACUAUCACACCACUGGCACUGUCUGGCCUUUGCCCACUAUCAGAGUUGGAUUCUUCAACUGGAGGUGCAGAAUUAUACCGGAAGAAGUCUCUAGAUUCCAUUUCACAGUCUUCAGGCUCUGAAGACAUCGAGGUCCAGCACUCAAGCAACAAGAUCAGAUGUGGCAUGAAGCUUACUUCAUCCUCUCUCAGCCUCAACACAGCCAGCUCCUCUCAGUUGUCCUGCAGCCUGAACUCAGACAGUUGUCUCCUCCAAGAGAACGGUAACAGAAGCCCUGCUCGCUCUGAUGAACCCAUGUCCUAUGACUCAGACCUAGGGACUGCAAAUACUUUUGAUUCUGACAGGUCUUUGCAAGACACUACGGCACACCUGCAUUUGGAAGGAUCUGCAGGACUGCUUACUGACCCAAGAUGCCCUUUGGAUAUCCACAAGCAUGUGCCAGUGUCCCUGGUUUCAAGUGCCCUGAGGUUGCCUCAGCCCUGUUUAACUGACACUGAUGAUGCUGGUAGGAGUUCAUCCCCACAGCUUUAUAAUCCUAAAGAAGAGACACAAGCACCCGGUGCAUCAAAUGGCCAGGAGAUGAGCCAGGAGCAUGACUCAGAGAUGGAUUAUUACCUUGCUUCAUCAGCUCCCUCUCCAGAAAGCAAGAGCUGGAUCUCAGAGGAUGAUUUCUAUCGGCCUUCCCCUGAGAGGGUUCCAGAUAGUGCUUCAGAUCUCUCUGGGGGAGGGACCCCAGAGACAAAACCUGAUGUCCAUAAUCCUGCUUCUGAAGGGCCAGGGAAGAACCACUUCAUGGAGCCCUCGGAUCAAGCUUGUGUGCCACAUUUGGAAACUAGACCGACCAAGCCAAUCCCUGAUCCUGAGUACAAACACUUCUGGGUGGUCCAUCGGAGACAAAUUGGGCUCUCCAACCCGUUCAGGGGCCUCAUAAAGCUGGGCACACUGGAACGUCGUGGGGCCAUGGGCAUCUGGAAAGAAUAUUUCUGUGAGCUCUCCCCACUUGAGUUCCGACUCUAUCUAAAUGAUGAGGACCGUGAGUGUGUAGAGAACUGCUCCCUUCUUCGGUGUGAGUCUGUGGGGCCAGCCCAAAGUGAUGGGCGCUUUGACUUGGUAUUCUCCAACAAGAAGCUGACCCUUCGAGCUCCCUGCCAGGAUGAGGCUGAAGACUGGUUGGACCGACUGCAUGAAGCACUGCAGAAAUGCCGACCUCAGCAAGAGCAAGAAUGGGAAACACUUCAGGCCCCAGACCCUGUGGAAGAUAUCGAGCAUCCCCAGGGCAGCUCCUUCAGCCACCUCAUCCCAGUCUCCCAGGUGGAAGCAGCUCUAGGUGGCCAUUUUGAUUGGCCAUUUCCACUGAUGCCUGAACUGGAUGCUAUUAAAGAAUCUGUUCUCUACAUGCAUACAGAGAAGACUUGGACUCCCUUAAUUUUUUCCUUGUCUUUAGAGUCUCUAAAAUGCUUCAAAAUGAGGAAUAAUGAAAAGAUAUUAAGUGAUAGCCAUGGGAUUGAGACAAUCCGAGAUAUUCUUCCUGACACAAGUCUGGGGAGCCCAGCUUUCUUUAAGAUCAUCACAGCCAAAGCCACCUUGAAACUGAAGGCCCAGAGUGCAGAGGAGGCAGCAGCCUGGAGAGAGCUUGUACGAAAAGUUUUAACCUCCUAUUUGGAAACAGCAGAAGAGGCAUUGACUCUUGGGGGAAGCCUAGAUGAGAGUUCCCAAGAAAUCUUGAAGUAUGCAACAGGGAAAAAUGGCUUCCUAUUGCAGUACCUGGUGGCCAUCCCCACAGAGAAAGGACUGGACUCCCAGAGCUUCUUCUGUGCAGGCUGCUCCAGACAGAUUGGAUUCUCAUUUGUGAGACCCAAGCUCUGUGCCUUCUCUGGCCUCUAUUACUGUGACAUCUGCCACCAGGAUGACAGUUCGGUGAUUCCAGCCAGGCUCAUCCAUAACUGGGAUCUCACUAAACGCACCGUUUGCCGGCAGGCCCUAAAGUUCCUAACCCAAAUCCGGAACCAGCCCCUCAUCAACCUGCAGCUAGUGAAUAAGUCUCUUUAUGAUCACGUGGAACGGAUGAACCAUAUCUGGAGAAGCCGGGAGCAACUUAAACUUCUAGGUGAUUACCUGAUCUUGUGCAGAAGUGGGGCCCUGAAAGAACUAAGUAAGCGCCUCGACCAUCGAAACUAUCUCUUAGAGUCUCCUCACAAGUACAGCGUUGCUGACCUUCAGCAGAUUGCUGAUGGGAGUUUUGAGGGAUUCCUGCAGGCUCUGAUCCAAUUUGCUUCUCAGCAUGUCUAUCACUGUGACCUGUGCACCCAGCGGGGCUUCAUCUGCCAAAUCUGCCACCACAAUGGCAUCAUCUUUCCUUUUGAGUUUGAUACCACAACGCGGUGCAGAGAGUGCAAAACCGUCUUCCAUAGUAGCUGCCAAGCCCUGAUGAAGAAUGGAUGUCCCCGUUGUGCCCGCAGAAGGAAGUAUCAAGAACAAAAUCUCUAUACCUAACCCUUUGCCAUCAGCCUUGUGUGCUUCUCUACCUCAGGCCACCAGGGAAAAGAAGGCAUGGGUUCAGUAUCGAAAUGCAUUUCUAGCAGGGACGGCAUGUGCAGAUUAAGGGUGGAAAAAAAAUAAUCAUCCAUUUCCCUCCCCAUCCCACCUUCAGCAUUGACUGGAGGACUCACCCAGGUGACUCUGUAGCAGUCACUGCACCUGUCCAGCCCCUGGGAUGUGAGCACCCUGGAAAAGCAACAGAAGUAGCAUUGAUCAGUUCACAUGCAGGACCCAAGAAGCUUGUGCUGCCAUGGAAUACUCCUAAAAGACUGUUUGCCUCUAUUUGCACUAAUCAGGUCCUGGCCUUUUUGGGUCUUCCUUUUUAGGGGCCUACACCUCACCUCUCAUCACCUCACCUAAGUCAGCCACUAGCACCUACUGUGGAAGCAAGACUUGGAAACAUUCUAAAUUCUGCAUUACUGAUUAAAAGUUCUAGUUUUCUAAGGAAUUCUUUUUCUUUUCCUCCCUUUGAGUGGAAAAAAUAUUUUUUAUAUUUGAAUUCUGCCCAGACCACCCAAGAUAUCCAGUCCUACUCGUGGUGGAGUGGGAAUACAGUGACUGCUUGAAACAACAAAGAAGAUGGAGCAUAGUCCCAGAUCUGCUCUGUAUCCUGAGGGGCCCUGCUGAGCUCCUUUUGAGCAACAUUGUGCCAAAUAGCCCCGAGUGCCUGGUGGUGGAAUUGGGCCUACGGAGAAGCUCGUUCUUUUUCCUUUUUCAUCUCUCCUCACAACUGAGAAUCGUGUCCCAUUUCUCUUUGAGGGAGGAGCUUUUGACUGCCUCGUCUGCUUCUCAGCUUGGAGCCUGGUCCCAACUGGAGACCACCACAAAAAUGACUCAAAACCAGCACUAAAAGCACUUUCCACCUUCCUUAUCUUUAGGAACAUCGACCAGUGUGUCCUGUUUUUCUCCCCCACUGACAGACAGCUUCAAACUGGGAAUGGCAGAGAUGGGGAAGUCAGAAAUGGUCUGCAGGAGCUUCUGAAGUCUCCUUGACCUGCUCAUAUUUGCCAGUGCCUGUGGCGGGCUAAGGUGAUUGGCCUCAGGGAUCAGCCUGGCAUUCCUCCUGGUGAGGGCCUCCAGGCCCUGAGGGGCAACCACGGCUUCUCUGUCUGGCCACAAAUCAGCGACAGCAGCAGCAAGCAGCCUCUGCCUGGCCCCACUGAAGGCUGAGCUUCAGGGAAAGAAUCUGUAUUGCUGUCUUGACAGCUCAGACAGAGCUCCUGCACAAGCCUGGUGUUUAAAGGGAAAUUUAAUCUUAUCUUCAUAGGAAGCCAUUAUUUUAUAGACAUUUUUCAACUCAUCCAUUAGAGAAGCAUUAUAAGAGACUGUAAACUUGUUCAUUGAUAGAACUAGCAUUAGAAUUGGGGUGGCAAGGAGGAGUGUGGGUUGUUUUUUUUCCCCAAACAUGAGGUGUUCACCCUCUGGGGGGAUUCUGGUGACACGUCUGUUUUUAUCCACCAUCCACCUGGCAUGGCCCACUGCAGAACGAUCCACUCCUAGGACUCCUUCCUCAGCCUAGAUACCUGCAGAUUAAGGGCACGACCUGGCAUUUGAGGCACAAGGUGGCUAUUAUUGCUAGGACUGUCAGGGAUGUUCCCCUUCCCUCUCCUGCCCCCACCCCAGGUGGUAGCUGCUUGGGCUGACUAAGCCACUGAGUCACCUGCCUAACUGCCUAACCCAGCAGAACUGUCUGUAUUGUGCAAUGAAUGGAGGCAGAGGGUGGGUGUGGGGAGGGUUCCUCCAUUCCUACUCCCCCCUUGCCACCCAAAGACAACCAAGAACCCAGGCCCUCUUAGAGCCCUUUGAGAAAGGAACUGUGUUGCACUCCAAGCAAGAAUCACCCAGCUAAUGACCACAAUUCAUUCAAAGCCUUAAUCUCCCGAAUUUUCCCAGUUGAUUGGCUCCCUGUGUCUGUGUGUGUUUGUGAGUUGGGGCUGAGAAGAGUAGGAAUGUGUGCUGGCCCUGUGUAGUGACUUUUCUCUAAUAUCCAAGUGAAUGUGUUCGAUGAAUCCUCCCUCAUCCUAUGGCCCUGCCCCUCAUCACUGCCAUCUCUGGGUUUCUUAGCAUUAAUUUUGAAGCCCCCCAAAUCCAUCUAAAACAUAAGUUUUAACAGUUGUUGACUUUAUUCCCCAUCUGCCUCAAACUGAGAGCUAAGUAGAUUCCAAAUGGUGCCCAUGCUGUUUUUUGGUUUUGAUUUUAUUUUAUACAAUAAACCAUUUCUUGUGAGUGGGGCUCUCUCCCCGAGGAGUGA